UCAAUGGAUAUGACAUACGGAGCAACAUGGACCAGAUCAGACACAGUCUCGGCAUCUGUCCCCAGCACAACGUCCUCUUUGACAGACUCACCGUCAGGGAACAUCUCACCCUCUUUGGGAGACUCAAGGGUCUGAACGGAAAAGAGGCGAAGGCAAGAGCAGACAGUAUGAUAGAAGAUCUUCACUCAAAGACAGAGAGACGUGCCUCCGCAGCCUGUCCGGAGGGAUGAAAAGAAAACUGAGUGUUGGAAUAAGCCCUCAUUGGAGGCUCCAAGAUCGUUGUUCUCGACGAGCCGACGUCAGGAAUAGACCCCUACCCCGCGGGCCAUCUGGGAUCUUCUGUCAAACACAAGAAGAAGGACCAUGCUUCUCUUUUCUACUCACUCACUUCUGGAUGAGGCAGAUUUGCUGGGAGACCGGAUAGCGAUCAUGGCGAAGGAAAACUUCGCUGCUCGGGAUCCUCUCUUUUCCUCAAGAGCAGGUAUGAUGGCUACCACAUGGUAGUGGGAAGGAGCGUCGUGUAAUUCGUACCGCGUCACAUCCAUAGUGGCUCCCCUGGUCCAGGAGCAAGAAGAUCACCACGACGUUGUGCACGAACUAUCCUUCCGUGCCUAGCCCUCAGAAUUCGACCAACUCUUUCGCAACUGUUCGACACUCUGAACGCUCGCAAAAAGGGGAAAAAACAGUUUGGUAUAGCUGAUUCGCAUUUCCAUCACAACCCUGAGGCGGUCUCAUCACAUCAAGUUGGCGAAGUGCACGGACUAGUCGCUGGAGCAAAUGUUCAAAAGGACGGGAACGCUGACCGAUAUCCAUUGCCUCGCCACACAAGCUGCAGAAAAACCACCAGCUCCCUAUCCAGAGAGACGUGUGCUUGCACCUCGAAGAGAUUGCGGUAAUAGCUGCAAGAAGACCACUGCCUGCCCCCGACGACGUAGGUCAGUACUCGCACCCAAGAGAAGGUGGCCGUAGAUAUACAGACGGCUGGAGACGAUAGCUCCCUCAAGACACCUCUCUCACCUCCAAAAGAUUUUCGGGAUCCAAACACAAAAAUCAACCUCUGGCUCAGCAGUUCUCCGCUGAUGCUCAUGAAGAGAGCCUACAACACCCUGCGGUUCUGGCAGGCCAUAAUCAGCCAGCUCAUCCUCCCCCUCCUCUUCGUCCUGUUGGCCUCAUUUCUCGCGUAACUCUGCCCAAUGCCAACGAAAACGAUCCAAUCAGAGCCCUGACGGUACAAAAUUCUGGGCUGGAUUUCGUCGAAUGAACUCUGUUUUUUGCCGAGUUCGAUGAUUUGGGCUCUGUUUUUGAAUUUACGACAGUAACAGGCAUUGGUGCUACUAGCUUUCAAUCUUACACCAACGCUAUCAACGAAAUCAUGGAGCGCAUUAGUGAAAUACCCAGGAAUCAAUCGUCAGACUGCUGCGGAUACAGGAACCAGAUUCUGGACAAGUUCUGUGCCGUACAGAAUGCGAAUGAGUUGAAGAAAUGUUCCGGCAGAUUUGGAUACAGUAACUGUAAAGAUCGAUGCCUGCAAUGCUGUGAAGCUACAAGUAAUCUCCCGGCAACUUGCACAAAUCCACUCACGCAAUUUCGAGAACCCAGCCGUACGGACCUCUGCCCCGCCCCGCCCCGCCUCUCGUACGAUGACAUCAUCAACGGGGUAAAUGGGACACUUGACAGCCACCUCGUCUACGUCGACGAGCACCUCAUCGAACAGGCAAACGAUUUAGAUCCUGAGGUCUUCAUCCGCAGGGUUCUGGGCGGAUUUGUAAUGACUUAUGAUGAACCAAAUUUUGGGUCGUGCGGCGGUUUUCCCAAUGAAGACUUUUGCCCCAUUUGUACAAAACUAGUGGAAGAGCAGUUUUCGCAGUGCACCGAGGUCAAUAACGGUAGUGAAUAUUUCUCUCUCAACGUCGCCAAGCUCAACCUGACAGACUUGGAUUUUUUGGAAAGUCAAGAAAACUGCCCAGCUCGUUAUGAGGGGGGCAGCGGGGGGAACGGGGGGAAUAUUGACGCCGGUUCCCUCGUGGACGGGACCAGUGCCAACUACUUCCAGCAGGUCUCCUGUAUUGAGGCUGAGGAGGCGGGCGUUCGGAAUUCACUGCCUGUCUACACACCAAAUAGACCAACUCAACCGAAGAUAAUAUCUGCCACAGUGUACUACAACAACAACGUCAGUUGCAUCACUUCAUUGUAUACAGCG